AAACUUCAAUCUCCGGUGAAUUUUUACCUUCCUUGUGUACGUGGAAAGGGGUUCAGAGCGUCAUAUCGUCCGUUUUCAACGCUUUUCUUUCAAAUUCAAAGAUGGAGAUAGAAAAACUGCGAGCACAUCUUGAAGAAUACGGUCAAGGGCAUCUAUUAGAACACUACGAUCGCGUGCCCGAUGCGGAGAAGAAAGCGUUUGUGGAUGAGUUGUGGUCGCUCGAUUUACCUCGUAUAAAACGCGUUUAUGAGCUGAGCACUCGCGGCCUUGGCGGUUCAGGGGAAAAGGAUAAAACAUUAGAACCGAUUCCUGAUUCUGCUAGAGAUAGCGUCGCCUCGGCAAGUGAAGAACAGCGAAAUACAUGGAGGAAUGCUGGUUUACAAGCUGUUAGUGACAACAAGGUUGCAGUCUUGUUGCUAGCCGGUGGUCAAGGUACAAGGCUUAAUGUUCCGUAUCCGAAAGGCAUGUACAGCGUUGGUUUGCCUUCGGAUAAAACUUUGUACCAAAUACAAGCAGAAAGGAUCUUAAAAGUACAAAGUUUAGCUGAAGAACACACCGGGAAGUCUUGUACUGUUCCAUGGUAUAUUAUGACCAGCGAGCACACCCAAACAUCGACUGAAGAAUUCUUCUCAUCACACAAUCAUUUUGGCAUGAAUAAGGAUAACAUAAUUCUCUUUGAACAAAACCAGUUUCCUUGUCUGACUCCAGAAGGAAAGAUUAUUUUAGCUUCGUGUGGGAAGAUUGCCAAAGCUCCAGAUGGAAAUGGGGGACUGUAUAAAGCCCUUGGGGAGCGGGGUAUUUUGAAGGAUAUGGAGAAGCGUGGAAUUGAAAGCAUUCACGUGUAUGGUGUUGACAAUAUUUUGGUCAAAGUCGCUGAUCCCGUCUUUAUUGGCUUCUGUCAGUUGAAGCAAGCACGGUGUGGUGCAAAGGUUGUGAAGAAAGUUCUUCCCACUGAGAAAGUUGGAGUAAUCUGUCGAAUGGAUGGUAAAUUCAAAGUUGUAGAAUACAGUGAAAUAUCAUUGGAACUUGCUCAGAAAAGAGACAAAACCGGAGAUCUUGUCUAUAAUGCUGGAAAUAUCUGCAACCACUAUUUCACUUUGAAUUUCCUUAAAGAUGUUGUUAGCAACCAUGAAAAUGAACUCACACCUCAUAUAGCAAAGAAGAAAAUUCCCUAUGUAGAUAGUAAUGGAAAGUGUGUCAAACCAGACAAGGAGAAUGGCAUAAAACUAGAAAAGUUUGUCUUUGAUGUGUUUGAAUUUUCUAAGCAAUUUGCUGUGCUGGAAGUGAUUCGAGACGAGGAAUUCUCACCCCUAAAAAAUGCCCCAGGCGCUUCAAAAGACACUCCUGAAAUGGCCAGGGAUGCUUUGUGUAACUUACAUUAUCAAUAUAUCAUCACAUCCGGUGGGAAAUUCAAAGAUGACAAUGAGGAAACUCUGCCUGACAUACCACGCCAAACAGGGAUUGACAAGACUAAAAACGGUUCCGUGGGCAUGCCAACAGUGCGAUGUGAGAUCUCUCCGCUUCUAUCGUACGCUGGCGAGGGCAUCUCCAAGCAAGUUAAAGACAAAGUAUUCUACGCUUCUAAAACCCUUCACCUGCAGUCGGGCGAAGAAGAAAAACAAAUCGCAAAUGGCAACAAUGAUAAGGGUUCACCUGUCAGAGAACCAAACACUAAAAAGCUCAAAGCCGAAGACAAUUAAGACGAUUAUAAACGAAAUAAUUUCCCCAUAAAACAAAACAGUUUGCAUGCAUAUAAAAGGGCGAACACGUAUCCCAGAAGGAUCGCCUUUCUGUCUUUAUAAUCCAAAUUCACAACAAGGACAUUCAAAACAACUAUUUGAAUGCGUUCCUAAGGAAUAAUUCAAAUGGUAUUUUAAUUUAUACGUAAUUAGGUUUAGGGUUCAUUUCAGGAAAACAAAUUGUGGUUCAAUUAUUAAACUUAACUAACUUACUGUGUUAGGAGCAAAAAAUACCGUAGAACAAUCAUCCAUCUUUUUUAUCAUUGACUGCAUCUGGUGCCCAAUGAUGCUUCGUGGAUAUCUGUUAAUUUCUUAAUCAGAUCACGAUAAAAAUAUGUACCCGUAAUAAGAUAAGGCAAAUCGUUUGUAAUAAUAAUUAUACAAUGGAUCCCCUGACAGUUCUAAAGCCUAAUACGAUUAAAUUAUGCUGAAUUAUUUAAUAUUUUAGGGAAAUUUUAAAAUAAAAA